GCCACCGAAUCCGACGCCCCCGCCCUCGCCGCCCUGUACUUCACCUGCUUCACCAACGCCGCCCACCGGCGCGUCUUCCCCCCGACCCCGGAGAUGCACGCGUGGUGGACCGCCAACCUGCGCCGGAAGAUCGCAAGCGGGCGGAGCGUGGUGCUGAAGGUUGUGGAUGUGGACGCGGAGCCGCUUCCUGCGGGUGCGGGUAGUGGUAUCGAUGAGGGGAGUGAAAGCGAAAGUGAUAGCUCCGCUCUCGAAAGUGGGAGUGGCAGUGAUGGUGAAGCCGAUGCCGAACCUGGGUUAGGAUCUGGGGAUGAUGCGGAUCCAGGCGUGGUGAAAGAGGGUAGAAGACGCAGACGCAAAGGGAGAAUCGUCGCGUUCGCGGACAUCCUGGGCACCAACCCCGCCUACCGCGGCCAGGGACUGGGAUCCCGGCUGCUAGCGUGGGGCAUCGCGCGCGCCCGCGCCGAGGGGCGACAGAUCUACCUGUGUGCGUCGCGGGAGGGGCGGUCGCUGUACGUGAGGCAUGGGUUCGUGAGGGUGUCGGAGGGGGAGGUGGUU